CUGAGCUAUUGUGAAACGAGAACUUUGUGUAGCUCCGGUAGGCUACCUUCUCAAAACUCUCCUGAUCCUCGGAGAGCACUCGGGAUUUAUAUAUCGCUUUGGAUUGGAUCUGUACUGAAACAAAUAUUCAACUCAUUGAUUGAAAUAAAGGACUGGAAAAUACUUUACAAAUCGUUUUACUUUAGACAUUGGCACCAUUUAAAAACUUAAAGAAAAUGACUCAGUUCAACAAGGGACCUGCGUAUGGGUUAUCCGCAGAAGUCAAAAGCAAGAUCGCACAGAAAUAUGACCCACAGAAGGAGGAGGAGCUUCGGUACUGGAUUGAGGACGUGACGGGCAUGCCCAUCGGAGACAACUUUCAGAAAGGCCUGAAGGAUGGCGUUAUCCUCUGCGAGUUGAUUAACAAACUACAGCCUGGCUCAAUAAAGAGAAUCAACCACUCACAACUGAACUGGCACAAGCUGGAGAACCUUGGGAAUUUUAUCAAAGCCAUCCUAGCAUAUGGCUUGAAGCCCAAUGACAUUUUUGAAGCCAAUGACCUCUUUGAAAACGGGAACAUGACUCAAGUACAGACCACCCUCCUCGCCCUGGCUAGUAUGGCAAAGACAAAAGGUUUGGACACGAAGAUUGACAUUGGUGUGAAAUACUCCGACAAGCAGGCAAGGCACUUUGAUGAAGCGAAGAUGAAGGCUGGCCAGUGUGUUAUCGGACUGCAGAUGGGGACCAACAAGUGUGCCAGUCAGGCUGGAAUGACAGCUUAUGGGACCAGGAGGCAUCUCUAUGACCCGAAGACACAGGCAGACAAGCCUUAUGAUCAGACCACCAUCAGCCUUCAAAUGGGAACCAACAAGGGAGCUAGCCAGGCUGGAAUGUCAGCCCCGGGCACCAGGAGAGACAUCUUCGACCAGAAGGUGGCAGUCCAGCCGGUGGACUCCUCCACCAUCUCCCUGCAGAUGGGCACAAACAAAGUGGCCUCGCAGAAAGGCAUGAGCGUGUACGGGCUGGGCCGGCAGGUGUACGACCCCAAAUACUGCGCCACCCCCACGGAGCCUGUCAUCCACACCAACGGCAGCCAGGGCACGGGCACCAACGGCUCCGAGAUCAGCGACAGUGACUAUCAGGCGGAGUACCCCGAGGAGUACCAGGGCAGCUAUCACGACGAGUACAGCGAGCAUUACAACGACCAGGGCAUCGACUAUUAGGAGCCUUAGGCUGUAGUCUGAGCAGUAUUAACGUUAAGUACCUUCUAUCAACAGAGCAAGUCUUUUGCUAUCCUUGCUAGUCUUCCUUGUUUGUUUUUAUUGAUGCAUACAAUAUGAAUAUUGCCUUAUUUGCAUUCCUAUCAUCCAUUUGAGUGGCAGUAUUUUUUAAUCAAUCAUAGUUUUGUGUAGAACUGUAAUGAUAUUGAGUUCUGUUAUGAGAAAGAACAUUCCUUUUUAUCCUCUUUAACCUUUUAUGAAGUAUGGAGUACUGUGAAGUAAUAAUUCCCUUUUCAGAAACUAUGCAGCAUUGGCUUCGUACACAAUUUCUUUCUUUUUAAAUUUACUUUUUAAUCGAGCAAUGCAUUGCUUUUAAAGGAAGUGAUGCAAACUCAAACUUGCCAGUCCCUGGAUGCUGUUUACACUGGCCUUGUUUGAGCAACCCACCUUCCCCCACCUUACCCCACCACCACCCCCUCCCUAUCAGACAAGAUCUUGAAAAGGACAGGAUCUUAAAAUGGACAUCGUCUUUAAAAAGUGUUUAAAAUGAUUUGGUUUCACUGAGAUCUGUAGUGUAAUGAGGGUACAUACAGGAGGCUUGUAUACAGCAUUCUAGUCUCCUUUCAAUUCAUGUGAAAUCACUGGAAUGUGUUUUUCUGCUGUGGUGAAGUGUGGGUAUUCUAAGCGGUUUAUUCAUUUGUUACGACCAAACACAAGUUUAUCUUCCAGCUUUUAUGCCGUUGCUCCCUAGUGCCAUAAUGUCCUUAUUCAUUGAAAACCCCUACUCCCCUGUAUUUAUUGCCAUGUCUUUUCAAUAUAAACUGUUCCUCUGUUGUAUGGAUCUUUUUAUGAACACAGUGUAUGUUAUAAAUAAAGCCUUUAAUACAUUGGUCA